AUGAAGAUUGCGACUCUCCAACUAGCCCCCAAACUGGGUGAUGUUGAAGGCAAUAUUGAGAAGGCAAAUGCGUUAAUUCAAUCCAGCAAGACACUUUCUGUCGAAGAGGGAAAACCUGAUAUAUUGGUACUACCUGAAUUGGCAUUGACCGGUUACAAUUUUUCUUCUUUAGAGGAGAUCAAACCAUACCUAGAGCCAGCUGGUGAUGGGCCCUCUGCCUCUUGGGCGCGUGAAACUGCCAAGCGCUUGCAAUGCAAGGUUUGUGUGGGCUAUCCAGAGAUCGAGAAAGAUUCCCAAAAUCCCGAUCAAGCCACCUGCUAUAAUUCGCUUCUUAUAGUUGACGAGACUGGAGAAGUCAUCCACAAUUAUCGCAAAAGCUUCUUGUAUUACACCGAUGAAACUUGGGCAGCGGAAGGCCAAGUUGAGCGAGGCUACAAAGAACUCGAAAUCCAAGAAAAGCAGGUCGCGACUUCAUUUGGUAUCUGUAUGGAUAUCAACCCAUACAAAUUUGAAGCACCGUAUACGAAAUGGGAAUUUGCAACUCGAGUGCUUGACUCGCAGUCUCAGCUUGUCAUUUUAUCUAUGGCUUGGCUAACGUUGUUGGGCCGUGAAGAGCUCGAUACCUUAAAACACAAACCUGAGAUGGAUACGUUCAAUUAUUGGAUUCAACGGUUCUGGCCUCUAUUACAAAAGAAGAUGAAGCACGAAGUUGACAUUGACGGCACAAAGACUACAGUCUCUCCGAAGAAGAUCGUCAUCGUGUUUGCCAACCGGUCGGGUGAAGAGCCAUCGGCCGGGGAGACCAAGCCACCGGCACGAUAUGCAGGAACAAGCGCUAUUAUUGCAGUGACACAAAAGCCCACUGCAGAUUCUGAUCUAGACACAGACUCGAGCAGUGAUGCGGAACUUCCAUUAGAUGUCAAGAUUCUUUGUUGGGAUUUGAUGGGCGCCGGAGAGGAAGGUAUUUGCUUCGCAGAUACCACCCAAGACCCGAAAAUGGUGUUUGCCAUGAAAAAAUCGGUGUAA